UAUUAUCAUACAUUUUAUUGAUGAACGCAUUUAAAACCAUUUCAGUAUAGGCCUAAGCGCAGCAGUAGAAAUUUAACUAAGCCUAGCCUCGCUUUUACUCUGCAGAGUAAUUAAAAAUAAUUGAAAUGAUUUUCCAAGUUUUCUCUGGUGAAAAUUUGGCUCUAAAAUUGGCUGAGAUGCAGGAAAAUGGCAAGUUUUGUGAUUUUUCUAUCAUUGUGUCAGGCACGGAGAUUAAAGCUCACAAGUGUGUUUUAGCUUCUACAUGUGAAUACUUCAAUACCAGUUUUCAGUUUAAUAAAUCCUCUGAGACUCUAAAUCACAUAGAUCUGACACAUCUUGGCUGUGAGGCCAAGUAUGUGCAGAUGGUGAUUAGAAGUUUUUAUACCAACGACAUAGAUUUAGACCUGAGCUACAUUGACAGUGUCUUGCAGAUUGCCGACUACUUCAUGUGUGAGAAUUUAAAAUUCUGCAUUGAAUCUUACAUGGAGAAAUCCUUGAAUUUUAAUUCAGCUGUGAUGUACUUUCAACUUGCGCUGCAGUAUAGACUGAAUUCGACUGGACUUUUCAACUGCAUCAAAUGGUUUCUGUGGUUCAGGUUUCAUGACUACUUCAUAUAUCAGCUGGACACACUUGAUUCAAAUAUGGAAGUUAUAAAUGCAUUCGUCACAUAUGGCAUAUUUAAUUAUUGUAAUCCUUUGCAGAUAGUGGAGUUUAUGCUGCAAAAUGUCAAGUCAUCUAUUCUACAAACACAAAGCUCACAGAAUACAACAGAUGUGACCAGGGAAGAUUUACACAGACUAGAAAAUUCUUUUAGUAAGAUUCAUUUACUGCUUGACCAGAUAGCCCCCGAUGUUUUAAACAAAUGGAAAUGUAAGCUAGCGGAAUACACCAAAGAAUGGAGAGAAAAGAGUUCUACAGAAAUUAAAUGUUUUUCUAAAAUAGGCUGCCAUUUGAAGUGGUUGGAGAAAAGGUUUGAAAGUUUGGACAAGGGAGAUGAUUCUUUAUGUGACCAGGGCAAAAACUGCCCCAUCUGCUGCUAUCACAAGCUGUCAAGAGCACAAGGAGAGGACAAUAAACCAACCCAAUCUGAAACUGUUGGAUGCUCCAACCCUUUCUGUCAGACCAGGAGCAACCCAGCCAUGUCAGAUCCAAACAUCCAGCUGAUCAGGUCUUUAGCCAACAGUUCAGAUGAGAGCGAUGAUGAGCUAGACGCAACAAAAUCCUGCAAGUGUACCCCUAAAGCAGUCAGGGAUUAUCUUGCUGCCAUGCAGCUCCCUCCCACCUAUAAAAAGUCUGCAUUAGAAGAUGUAAUAGAAGAUGAGCCACUUACUCUGUCUGUUACAGCAAAAAAUGUCACAGUGAAUGAUCUGCAGUCCACCAGUAGUUAUCUCAAUGACUGUAACUUGAGAGACUCAGAAACUGAUGGAGGGGUUUUAAAACAACCAGAGCAAGAAACAAAAGUUGAGCAAUCAGCUCUGUCAUCUAGUGGUCACUCUCUAUCCAGCUCAUCUUCAUUGGUCACAGUACCAUUGGACACAGUACCAUUGGACACAGUACCAUUGGACACAGUACCAUUGGACACAGCAGCAUUGGACACAGCACCACCAAAUUCAGGACCAUUAAUUACCAGAUCACUAAGUACAGAGGCUCCAGUACACCAGGAGUCCGCAGACAGCGACGUUAUUGUUGUUCUGGCUCCAUCUACAGACAUGACAACCCAGCUGAUGGCAACUGACGCUGGGAAGUUGAGACCACUUCUAAAAUCUCCUCAGUUAGAGCUGAGCUACUAUGACAUUGACAUGAAAACCUGGCGUCAAGGAUUCAAAUUUGAUUUUCCUAUCCAAGGUGUUAUGCUGGAUAAACAGUCUUGGAGAGUUGCUUUUCUUAAAGGACAUCUUUAUAUGUUUAGCUUAUCUAAAGAACUUGGCCUAGAACUGAAUACAAGUGACAGAAGGUGGACCCACCUCAGCUGUAAGCAUCUGUUUUCCCCUCACGAGAACAAGAUCCCUGUGAAGAGUAUCAUCCCCAUUGCAGUCGGAGAAAGGCUUGUUGUUCUGUCUAUGAGCAAAGACCUUCAAGUCAAUGGGGAGUACUUGACUGAGCAGAGAUUCUACGAGAUGGACCCAUCAAGCAAACAAUUCCACCUGGUGGCUUCGGUCCAGGAUGAGAAGAUGGACCUGCCCAUCACCCAGUGGACAGUGCUAGGUGACGUCCUGAUUACAGUCAAGACCAGCACCAUGAUGUACCGCCAGCUGUCCCGCGUCCAGUACUUCCACGUCUACAACUCCUCCAGCCGGGAGCUCCAGACCCACAAGGUGGUCUGUGCCAUGGAGGCGGGCGUUAAAGUCCUGGCUCGAGACAGCACGGUCUACCUGUUUGAUAACGAAGGCUGGUGCCGCUCCUACGACCUAGUCUCGUCAUCUUGGACUGGUCUGAGCAGGCAUUCUGUCAACUGUCUGUCUGCCCAGAGCUACGGGUCAGAUGACAUCUACCCCGCACUGACCCGCGCCUCGUGCCACGCUGGCAGCUCCAGGUGGGAGAUCUCCACCAGCCUGAACUCUGUCACCGCCCACAUGCAGGAACUCCUGGUGGACGACCUCCUGCAGCUCAAGGCCUGCUCCCACCCUCCCCCACCCUUUCAGUUUGUGACUGCCAUGUGUCCUGGGAGGAUGUCCAGAAAACUGCUGGAUGGACUGGAAUGUCCAAAGUUUAGGUAUAUUAGACAAAAUCUGGACUUUUCUUUUUACUGUGACAUGACUGGGAGAGUGUGAUGAGAUGACUGGGAGAGUGUGAUGAGAUGACUGGGAGAGUGUGAUGAGAUGACUGGGAGAGUGUGAUGAGAUGGCUGGGAGAGUGUGAUGGGAUGACUGCGAGAGUGUGAUGAGAUGACUGGGAGAGUGUGAUGACAUGACUGGGAGAGUGUGAUGAGAUGACUGGGAGAGUGUGAUGAGAUGACUGGGAGAGUGAUGAGAUGACUGGGAGAGUGUGAUGAUAUGACUGGGAGAGUGUGAUGAGAUGAUUGGGAGAGUGUGAUGAGAUGACUGGGAGAGUGUGAGGAUAUGACUGGUAGAGUGUGAUGAGAUGACUGGGAGAGUGUGAUGAGAUGACUGAGAAUACAAUGAAUUAUUUAAUGUUGUGUCUGACUUUUUUGAACACCUAGCUUGCAAGGCUAGCUGAUCUCAAUUGUUAAUA